AUGGAAGCAUUAUUAAAGCCUAUCACUAUCAGUGGGAUAAAGAUCCCUAAUAGAUUCAUGCGCUCUCCUUGCGCAAUGCAUUCAAAUCUCGAUGGAGGUCUUCCAACCGAGUAUCUUACAAACUACUACAAAAAACUUGCAGAUGGUAAGUUCGGACUCAUAGUUACAGGUUUUGUUUAUGCAAAUCCAGAUGGAAAAUAUGGAGAUGCAAUGUGCGGAAUGAUGAAUGAAAAGCAAGCAGAAGCUUGGCGCUCAACAAUUGACUACAUACACAAUAAAGAUUCAAAAAUCAUUUUCCAAGUUGCAGAUUGCAGAGGUACUGAUCUCCCUAUCUCCAAAAUGAAUCAAAUAAUUGAAGACAUUGUUAAUUCAGCAAGGUUGUUGAAAAAUAUCGGAGCAGAUGGAAUCCAAUUUCAUGCAGGACAUGGAUUCAUCAUUUCUCAGCUCCUUUCUCCUUUGAUGAACAAAAGAGAAGAUAAAUAUGGAGGCUCUCCUGAGAACAGAAGGCGUUUUCUUCAAGAGCUUACAGAUGCCGUUCGCAAAAAAGUUGGCCAUAAUUUCAUAAUUGGAACGAAAAUAAACUCUAUUGAUGGUGUCCAAGGUGGCGUCAUGCCAGAAGAUAUGGCAGAAACUGUUUCCAACAUUAAAGGAAUGGACAUCUGGGAGUUGACAUGCGGAAUGGAUCCAAGAAUAACAAUCCGCGGUGGUCCACGUGAUUUUUUCGUCAAAGGAUUUGAGAAGAGAGUUGGUUACAACAUCCAAUAUGUUGAAUUAAUCAGAAAUAAGACAGAAUCAAAGAUUGCUGUUGUCGGUGGCAUCAGGAACAAAAACACAAUUCUCAAAGCUAUCAAAGCAGGCGCUGACUUGAUUUCGUUCGGAAGGCCUUCGAUAGCAGAUCCUUUAAUGGUUAAAAACUUCAUUGAAGGAAAGCCAAUCAAAUGUGUCUCGUGCAACCAGUGCAUGUUCAAGCAUGAUCAACCUCCAAUCAGAUGCUGGGUCGAAUAA